GGCGCGGCUUGUCCCGGUCUGGCGGAUCCUCAUGGCGUUUAAACCGUUGCACCAGAGUCCGCCUAGCAAGCGUGCGAAGUGAGGAGGGCGCAGCAGAGUCAGCCGGAUCCCGGUGCCCGCAUCUCUGCCUCGCCGGAACGAGCUGGGAGGGUGGGGGGGGGGGGACAGAGUUUUGGCUUCCCAAGGAACUCCAUGCGUUGGCUAUGGAGAAAGGGGCGCCCUUGGGACUGCCUCGCCUGUGCGUGCUGUGGACGGCGGUGCUAUGGGAAGUCUGCCGCUGCGGCGCCCACGCCAACUGGAUGUGGCUGGGUAUUGCCUCCUUUGGUGUCCCAGAGAAAUUGGGUUGUGGUAACCUGCCGCUGAAUGGUCACCAAAAGGACCUGUGCAAGAAGAAGCCCUACCUCCUGCACAGCAUCCGAGAAGGAGCACGCUUGGGCAUCCGUGAAUGCCAGAGCCAAUUCAGACAUGAGCGGUGGAACUGUCUACUCUCUCCGGAUACAGUGCCUGCACUUUCCACUAAUCCUUCAUCCAUCUCCGCCUCUUCUGCUUUCUCCGUCUUUGGCUAUGAGUUGAGCAGCGGUACCAAAGAAACAGCAUUUAUCUAUGCUGUGAUGGCAGCUGGCCUAGUGCACUCAAUAACACAUUUAUGCAGCACAGGGAACCUGACUGACUGCGCCUGUGAUUCCAUGUUACAAAACAGCGGCUCAGCCAGAGAAGGCUGGCACUGGGGUGGAUGUUCUGAUGAUAUCCAGUAUGGAAUGUGGUUGAGCAGAAAGUUCUUAGAUGGUCCAACAAAAAACAUCUCCAGAAAAGAUAGAAAUGGAUUGAUGGUCAUGAAUCUGCAUAAUAAUGAAGCAGGAAGAUUGGCAGUAGCAAAACUGAUGUCCAUCGACUGCCGCUGUCACGGCGUAUCUGGUUCUUGUGCUCUGAAAACUUGCUGGAAAACUAUGUCAUCCUUUACAAAAGUUGGCAGUUUUUUAAAAGAAAAGUAUGAGAACAGUAUCCAGAUUUCUGACAGACUAAGACGAAAAAUAUGCAGGAAAGAAAAGAGCCAGCAGAGCAUCCCAAUCCAGAAAGAAGAUCUGCUCUAUAUCAACAGAUCGCCCAAUUACUGUAUGGAAGAUCGCAAACUGGGGGUCUCUGGGACACAAGGGAGGGAAUGCAACCGCACAUCAGUUGGACCGGAUGGAUGCAACCUCCUCUGCUGUGGCCGUGGAUAUAACACACAAGUGGUCAGGCAUGUGGAGAGAUGUGAGUGCAAAUUUGUUUGGUGUUGCUAUGUACGCUGCAGAAGAUGUGAAACUGUGACUGACGUUCAUACUUGCAAAUGAAAGUAAUUGUCUCAAAUAUCUUUCAUGGAUCAUGCAAAAGAAAAAUGAACAUUCUCUCUGGAGUCCAAGGUUGAAAGCUUUUUGUUUUUGUGGAAAAAGCAACAAAAAGGAAGAAAUAGCAACGAAUCACCUGGGAACUUGUAUUUCAUGAGGAAUUUGCAUACUUAGAUGGUUUGUUUGUGUAAUUCAGUCCACAAUGGCUGUGGAUUUUCAGUAUUUCAGUCACAUGCAGUGCUUUAGUGAAUUUAAUGGCUAAGCAAAUCAGGCUAGCUUAGAUUUAACAUUCAGAAGUUAAAAUAAUAUCCUCUUUAAGGCAUCUUGCUCUCCUGUAUUGAGAACAUUCUGUUUAUAAAAUAGCGAUAAAAUCAUUUGCACAGAAUUUGUAGUUGGGAAUGACACUGAGGUUCAAACAUCCAAGACACAAAGCAUCCAUGAUUUGGUUAACCAAUCACAACCAAAACAUUGGCUCUGUAGGUUUCAGGGUAGAUUUUAUAUAGGUAGUCCUUGACUUAUGACUGGUGACUUAGUAACCAUUGGAAGUUACAGUGAAUCCUGAAAAAGGGACUCGCAACCUGGAUUCUUCCGUAUGACCUCUUCCCUGCAGUCCUGUGACUAUGUUUUGGAUGUUCGGCAACCAGCUACAUUUACAGCCAUUUGCAGCAUCCCAUGAUCAACAUGGUUUUUUCCCAGUAACACCCGUUUUCUUCUAGUUUCCAGCAAAAAAUGCCCCAUAGUGAACAAUGGGUUGCUUAAUAACUCUGGUGUUUACUUAAUGACCAUGGCAUUCCCUUUACAACUGCUGCAUUCACUUAACUGUCACAAACCAAGUAAUAAAAUCAAGCACUUUUGUGAUGACCUGCUUUAUGAUGAUCACAACUUGCAAUAAAAAUCACAGUCUCAAUUAGUGUCAUAAAUCGAGAGCUAGUCUCGAUUAGCUGGAUAACUUCGUUAGUAUUAUCACUGAUUAGUCCUAGCACUGAUGAUGUUACCUAGUUUGGGUAAUGAAACAUCUGCAAGAAAACAUCCAAGCACAGAAAGCACCAAGGAUCCCUCAUUUCAACGCUGAACUACAAAUAUUCUAUCAGAGAGAGAGAAUUGUGUAUUGUACAGUAUUACAAUACAGUAUUGUACAGUAGUAUUCAAGUACUGAAGUGUGUUUCUGUUUUCCCUUGAGGCUUCUUGAUCAGGUCUACAUUGUGAUGCAUUUCAGAGCAGUCUCGUUUAAAAAAGAAAAUAGGUGUGAUGCUGAUUUGUAAAGAUACUGUACAGUGUACCAUGAAAUAAAUAAUGUACCUGUUGAGGACCCCUUCAAUAUGGAAAUAAAUACAAGUCACUUAUGAAGGCAAUUGCAGAUUGCACAGCUGCCUACAUAGCUUUAUCAGAGGUACUUUAUUCUUAUACAUUCUUAUAAACUGUAUUCUUAAACUUAUAAACAUGCCAGUUGCCAAGGGUCCAAAUUUUGAUCAUGUGGUCAUGGGGAUGCUGCAAUGAGAAUAUGAAAACAGUCAUAUAGCAAUAGCACUUAGACUUUUAUACCACUUCACAGUGCUUUACAGCCCCCUCUAAGCGGUUUACAGAGUCAGCAUAUUGCCCCCAACAAUCUGGGUCCUCAUUUUUACUGACCUCGGAAGGAUGGAAGACUGAGUCAACCUUGAGCCUAUUGAGAUUCGAUCUACCAAACUGCUGGCAGCCGGUGAUCAGCAGAAGUAGCCUGCAGUACUGCACUCUAACCACUGUGCCCCCGGGGCUUAUAUAUUACCAGUACCUUUUUCAGUGCCAUUGUAACUUCAUUUACUAAAUGAAUGGUUAAGUCAAGGAGUACCUGUAUCAUAUACACACCAAAGGGAAUUAUCUUGGUGCAAGAUAUCAAUGACAGAAUCAUUCUUCUGCAUCUAUAUUUCAUAAGUGCUUCAUUUCCCAUUAUUGACCAGAUUGCUGACAUUAACUACUUUUUGUAGAAAUGGAAAGAGGAUGUUUGGUAUUGUGUUGGGAUGAAGAGAGUGUUUUCUAGUGUUCUUUUCUAUGUACCAUUCAGGAUAUAGGAUUGCAACUUUAAAUAUUACUCUAAUUGAAUUGGAAGCAAUCCAAUUUGCUCCCCAAGAUUUUCUUUCGUUGUUUGAAACUUAAUUUUCUGAUACAUAAAGGAGCUUGAUCCCCCCCCCACCCACUGGAUAUACAAACUGUUAGUAAGUUGUAACUAGCAAUAUCUGGAAGACUAUAGGCCCCAUUCUUCGACUACAUCCAUAGAUCUGUUGUAUUUUUUGUGGUUAUGGAAAGUUGUGCACGUGCAGUACUUCUCUUAAUUCAUUAUCCAUACCAGGGAUUUCUCUUCCUUUCAUAGAUACUGUAGCUAUAGAAAUAUUCCACUCUUUAAUGCAAAGAUGUUGGCUAUUUUUUAAAAAAUUGCCCCCUUGAUCUGACAGGAACAGUCAUCUGGUUACGAUCUCCUCAAUAGGUUGGUUUGGCUUGGUUUGCUGUAUCUCUGCCUUUGAAAAUUUUUUCCAGCAUCAACAAUAUCAGAAUAAUGAAGGGAUUUGAAGAAUCCUCUAAUUUUAUCCCAAAACAGAAUGUUUAUUAGCUCUCACAGAGCUCACUUCCCAGCCACUGUUUAAUAUAAAAUCGGGUUGGCUUAUGGUUCUAUAAACAUUCCAGCAAUACCACACAAUGUAGUCCAAUUUUGCUUGGAUUAAUUCUGCAUGUUCUUAAUUUCAGUGAGCUUGAUUCCCAACUAAAUGUGUAUCAGAUUGCAUCUACCUUCAUUACAGUCUAUAGAUUAUAGACGUAGUUCCUCCAUUAAAUACUGUGUUUCCCAAAAAAUAAGACCCUGUCUUAUAUUUUUUUGAACCCUGAAACAAGCGCUUGGCCUCUACUUAAUGUUCUUCAGCCUCUCAAAAACACAGAAGUAGACAGAAAAGCUCAAUUCUGUUAAGAUUAUUUACAAAGAGAGAAUUGAGAUUCAAGAGCACCUUUCAAAACACAUUGGGAAUAAUGUAUGUUACUGUUUUUCUAGGUUAAGAACAAUUUUUGCUGCUAUAUUGAGAUUACCUGAUUUUUGUUUAUUCUCAUUUUGUCAAUAAAAUAUUAACAUAUG